AUGUGUCUAUCAAAUUCAAACACUCAAUGCAAGCGCUUCUUGUCGUCACAGGNCAACCUCAAGCUUCUCUUCUCUUCUCUUUCUUCCAACGCCACUUUCAACAUCUCCAAUGGACUCUCCCAAGUCAUUUUCCGCAACGCCACCGCAGGCCAGGCUCCUGACGAGGUCUUCGGCCUCUUUCUUUGCCGUCCCGAUCUCAACUCCACCGCUUGCCGGGACUGUGUUACUCAUGCAAUAAGAAAUGCAACCAGAAUUUGCACUACUCAAAAAAGAGCUUUAAUAUGGUACGACGAGUGCCAUUUACGUUACUCAAACCAGUCUUUCUUCUCUAGCGUGGCUCAAAAUCCCAGUAUUUGGAUUCCAAACACCGAAAAUGUCACGGAACCUGACAAGUUUGAUGAUUCAGUGUUCAGUUUGAUGAACGCAGCUGCGAGCAAAGCUGCUCAUUCACCUGAUAAGUUCGUGGGAGCGAAGGAGGACUUUAGAGUUAAUGAAACGUUGUAUGGUUUUGUGCAGUGUACGCCGGACCUGUCAAGUAGAGAUUGUUUUACAUGUCUUCGAGCAUCUAAUGCUGAGUUACCAUUGUGUUGUAAGGGGAAGAAAGGAGGAAGAGUCUUGACUCCCAGCUGUAGUACCCGGUAUGAGUUGUAUCCAUUUUUUAAUGAAUCCUUUAUUUCGACAUUAGAACCAGCGCCGCAACUGGAACCUCCACCUGUGAGUCUAUUUCCGCCAGCUUCUGGUUCUGAGACAGGGUUUCAAGAGGAGAAAGCAAAAAGGCGAGCACUUCAAGUGCUUCGCUCAGGAGAUGAGCAAAAUAUUUUACGAGCGAAGCAUGAGGUGGAAUCUCAAGAUUUCCCUAUUUUCCCUUUAGGUCAAAUACUCGAGGCUACAAGACAUUUCUCUUAUGAAAACAAGCUCGGAGAAGGUGGGUUCGGCGCUGUUUACAAGGGAGUUCUAGCAGAUGGUAAGGAAAUUGCAGUAAAGCGGCUUUCAAGAACAUCUGGGCAAGGACUACAAGAGUUCAAGAGUGAAGUUACCUUGAUUGCCAAAUUACAACAUAAAAAUCUUGUGAGACUCAUGGGAUGCUGCUUAGAGGAAAAAGAAUCUCUGCUCAUCUAUGAGUACAUGCCCAACAAGAGCCUUAAUGUGCACCUAUUUGAUUCAGCAAGUGAUAUACAACUAGACUGGAAAAGACGCAUGAGCAUCAUUAAUGGAAUUGCACGGGGCCUUUUAUAUUUGCAUGAGGAUUCUCGACUCAAAAUUAUUCAUCGUGAUGUCAAGACUAGUAAUAUUUUGUUAGAUCAUGAUAUGAAUCCAAAGAUAUCAGACUUCGGAAUGGCGAGAAUAUUUGGUGGAAAUCAAAAUGAAGCUAAUACCAAUAGAAUUGUUGGAACAUAUGGAUACAUGGCUCCAGAGUAUGCAAUGGACGGAAUAUUUUCAGUUAAAUCAGAUGUUUAUAGUUUCGGAGUUCUUCUAUUGGAGAUUAUAAGUGGGAGAAAGAAUACUAGAUUUCACCUUUCAGAACAUGAUGAAAGCCUUCUUAGUUAUGUAUGGAAGUUAUGGCGUGAAGGACAUGCUUUAGAGCUAAUGGACCCUGAAAUGGUGCAGUCAUGUGUUCCAAUUGAAUUUUUGAAACAUAUCCAUGUCGGAUUAUUAUGCGUUCAAGAAGAUCCACUAGAUAGACCUAUAAUGUCAUCCAUAGUUGUUAUGUUGGUAAGUGAUAAUAUAACGCUACCUAAACCGGCCCAACCUGCAUUUUCUGUUGGCCGGUUUGUGGGAAAAUCCGAUCAGGCUUCACCAACAUCUGGAAAAGGUUCUUCUAUUAAUGAGGUAACCCUUUCAAAUGUGAUAGCUCGUUGA